GGCAGCAGGCCGCUAACCUUGUUCAGGACAUGGGACAGCGGCUGAACGUCUCUCAAUUAACUAUCAACACUGCAAUUGUUUAUAUGCACAGAUUUUAUAUGCAACAUUCUUUCACAAGGUUUCAUAGAAAUCUGUGCUGAAAGCCAGUUUACAGAUUUAGGUCUUCAAAACCUUCAGCUCAUCUCUGGAUUACUUUGUUAUACUUUUGGUUUAUGGAGUUGGAGUCGUUGCUGGGAAAUGCAGGUGUCAUUCCUAUUCCUCUGAAGAAACUCAGCUUUUGUAUGUUAAACCUUCUUCCAGCUUAUCCCAUGCAUGACGAAAAUAACUAACUACUGGGUAAUUUCACCUGCUGCUUUGUUCUUGGCUGCAAAAGUAGAGGAACAGCCGCGUAAACUUGAGCAUGUCAUAAAAGUAGUACAUGCAUGCUUGAACCCCCAAGAGCCACCACUGGAUGUUAAGAGUGAUGCAUAUCUUCAGCAGGCCCAAGAUCUGGUCAUACUUGAAAGUAUAAUAUUGCAAACCUUGGGUUUUGAGAUUACUAUUGAACACCCUCAUACUGAUGUGGUGAAAUGUACCCAAUUAGUGAGAGCAAGCAAGGAUUUGGCACAGACAUCCUAUUUCAUGGCUACCAACAGUUUGCACCUGACAACAUUUUGCUUGCAGUACAAACCUACCGUGAUAGCAUGCGUGUGUAUUCAUCUGGCUUGCAAGUGGUCCAACUGGGAGAUACCUGUAUCCACAGAUGGGAAACACUGGUGGGAAUAUGUGGAUCCAUCUGUGACUCUGGAAUUACUUGAUGAGUUAACACAUGAAUUUCUGCAAAUACUAGAGAAAACUCCAAGCAGAUUGAAAAGGAUACGAAACUGGCGGGCUAAUCAGGCUGCAAAGAAACCAAAAGUAGAUGGUCAAAUAGCUGAUAAUGUUCUUCCUGGUUCAUCUGGGCCUCAUGAAUCUACAUGUUCUGUUGGUGGUGAUCCUGCUUCAAGUGCAAGCUUUCCUAAAUCAAAUUCCACAACUGCUCUACCUGCAUCAUUGAACUCUGGUAUUUCAAUUCCAGUGCAUGUCCCUGAAAUGAUGGCUACCACAUCAUUCAGUUCUACCUCCCAACAAGAUUGGCCCCAGCAUCCACACCAGCACAUGGAGCAAGCUCAUUCUCAUAAACAAGAAUUGCCGCCAUCUGUUCACAAAAAUGACAUGAUCUGCAUGCAGCAGUCAACUUCUGGACAGUUAACUCAAAGCCAUCAUCGACCAGAAAAGGGAUCAGGGCAUUCAUCUAGUAAGCAUGAGCAUCUUAAAUCUGGUAAUGGCAAACAUCAUGGUUUCCCUCUUCCAACUGUACCAGCACCUCAAAAAUUAGCUUUGGACAGAUAUAGAGAGAAAUUUGCUGCAGAGCUUGCAGUACAAAAACGCAAACUAGAAACACUGGAAUCUGAUGUGAAAGAACAAUAUGCCUCUGCAGCUCAAGCCAUGGUAGAACAACAGAAAAAGCGUGUGCCAGCACAGCAGCAAAUUCAGCAUAAUAGCAAUGCUGUGACUUCUCCAAUUAAAAUGAAAAUACCAAUUUCCACAGAAAAAUCGGAGAGGCAUGCAGCAGAUAAAAAGGAGAAGGGUUUACUUAAAUUACGGAUUCCCAUCCCACCCACAGAAAAGACUAAGGAUGAACUAAAAAUGAAAAUUAAAGUUCCUUCCUCUGAAAGACACAGCUCCUCAGAUGAGGGCAGCGGUAAGAGCAAGCACACAAGUCCACAUGCAGGGAAGGAGCACAAGGAGAAACGCAAGGACCAUUCUUCUCACCAUCAUCACCAUAGUAGCAGCCACAAGCAUUCGCAUAGCAGCAGUAGUGGGAGUAGUAGGCACGGAACUGAAGGGUCGAAAGGAGGAACUUUGCGGAGUCCCGUAGGUCUGAGCGGUGAUGGCAGUUCCACUGGCUCCAGCUCUUCACGCAAGAGGGCGCACGCCAGUGAUGCUUCUCACAACCACCAUCCCAAAAUGAGCAAAACCUCCAAGACUGCAGGUACUUCAUCUAGCUCUUCUUCCUCUUCCUCUUCUUCUUCCUCCUCUGUGAAGCAGUAUAUAUACCCUUACAACUUAAUUCUUAACCUUCCCUCCUCCCCUCCUCCCACUGUCACAUACCAGGUGGGCUAUGGACAACUCAGCACCCUCAUGAAACUGGAUAGGAAACCUACAGAGGCCAACGGUCACAACGCCAAUCCAGAAUACAAUGCAAACACCCAGCACAAGGACUACAAAGAUACUUACGAUAUGCUGGAGUCACUCUUAAGUGCCCAAGGAGUGAACAUGUAGCCGUAACUCGCAGCCUGUGUUUGAAGCUGGAAUUCUUCUUUAUCCAGCUGUGACAUAUGUCAUUGCUGCCACUGCUUCCAUCAGAUCUGAGCAUUGCUUCCCCGUUCUCCACUUUCAAAAGGAGAUUAGCGUAAGCAUAGUCAGGGGUGAAUGUUGAAAGGGUUGUGCUCUACACAUAGUAUUAUAAUUACAAAUACUGUAACUUCUAGCAUGAAAUGUGCAUAUUUAAUUUUGCCGAUAUUUCAGCAAUUGAAAAUUAAAGGUGGCAGACUGCUGCUUGUGAAGGUUUAAUGCCUAAUGUGUUGUGCACACCAAUGAUGUGGCAGCUUGUUGGUUUUGAAAUUGACGAAGCCCUUGUUCAUAUUGCCACAUGUUUCAAAGGAGUGCAAUUUUUUUUUCAAAUUUCAUUUUUGUCCUUUUAUUGUAUUGUGAUUUUUGCAUGUUUCUAGGACAAAAGGGAUGUAAAAUGAACAUUAGAGACAACUGUAUUAGUUUACCAGAAAGUGGAGAAAAAUGUACAUACAUUUUUGUAUGUUUAGAUGUACUAUGAAUACUCAGGUUUGGAGCUGCUUGUAAGUAUAAAAAGUUUUUAAAAAAAAGAGAGGUUUACAUAUGACUGACUUUGCUAUAAAGUGCAUUUAACAAUUUUCAUGGCUUGUUGAAGUAAUUUACCCAGACACAGUGCUGUUUCUUGAUUACAUGGAGUUAUUAAUGUAACAUUUAAAGAUAUUGUCAAGGCUCAUGUAGGAGAGAAGUCAAGCCACGUGUGUAAUAGCUGUAUUUUUUUAGGUUAGCUCUUCUAUAAAUAUUACUUUAAAUACAUCUUAAUACUCUACAGGGAUCAAAGUGUCAAUCGGCAUCUUAACUUUCCAGCUUCUGUAUGUUUGGAUUAUAAACUAAAAGGAACAAGUUACUGUUAAUGUGAUUUUUCUUUUUUCAGGCAUAUAUAGGUUUGCAGUCAACCACACAAGUAAGCAUCUUAAAAAGAUAUUGUCUGACCUUUAUAGCCAUUAUAAGUACCAAAAUAAUACAGUUGAAAAUUGUACAUCUCAAUUACUGUGGUAACAAAAAAAAUGCUAAUUAUUUUGUCUGUAUGGUGUGGAGGAAAAUACAAGGAUAACAUGCGAGAUAGAGCUUCUAAUGAUUGAACAGUGGUUUAGUUCUUAAAUGUUUGAGACUAAAGUACUCUUCAAGCUGUAUUCUAAUGUAAAAUAAUUGCUGUAAUUGGUCAGAUAUUACCUUUUUAACACUGAAUUCAACUAAGAAUCUUUCAUCAAUAAAUGUGAUAGAUAUUCACAUUGUUUCUUGUAGUUUUUCUUUGCUCUGGCAUGUAAAGGACUGCUGUGUCACAUCAUUCAAAUAAUAAAACCUAUAGAAAUUGGAGAAGUGUUCUAAGAAUAGUGAAGUGGUUUACAAAAUAAUGGCUUUUUUACUUUUGUCUGCAAUUUUUCUAGUAAAAAUUUUAUACAGAUUAAAAUAUCUCAUGUUCCCACUUCUGUAUCCAAGCCCCUUGAAUUCUUUCUGAACUAUGGAUUGGGAAGAUCUCUGCUAAUAGUAUUUGACUACUACAUGAGUAGUGUGGGUGCCACAUUCCUCUCUCGGGUAUGAGGAAGCACUUUUAAAACUAUUUAAAUAUUGUCAUUGAAAUCUGUGGCCCACUGCAUACUGUACAACAAUGAAAUUGGCCUGAGAUGAAGUAAAUAUUUCUAAAAUUAGACUUUCAUUGCUUCCUGUUAUGAUGUAUUUUUUCGCAUCAGUAUAUUUAAGCUUUAUUGUACUGAGGCACCAUUUUCCCCUUUUCAAGUUGUUUUGCUUUACUAUGUAGUUUGAUAAUGCCACAUACAUCGUAGCAAUGAGUGAUGCAAAGGUUCUCUUAUUUGUUUUGACUUCACAAACCAUGUUACAGAAUUGUUGCAUUACUUUUAUUUUCUCCCUUACAGGCACUAGUGCUUUAGCCUGUCUUGGUAUUAUAUAUUAAGAUAGUUAUAUAAUGUAUUAAAUAUAAAAACAAUGUAAUGCAAAACUUUUGCUGUCUUCAAAUUAAAUAAUAUUUGAACAUUUUAAAUUGUUUUAAAGUUACAUCUUACUGGCUCCACUCAGUCAAUUAAGUUUGCAGUUGCAUUUAAAUGUUCACCUGGGAUGUUUUACCUUGGAGUGACCUAUUAUCGGGUGUCAUGUGUGUCCCCAGUGUUGAAACUCAGCCUUGCCAAUUUUUCAGAUCUUCAUGUUGAAAGAAAAUUCUUCUCUCAAAGAAAAUGAGCGUAAUAUAAAAAGUAGCUAAUACUAUAAUGUUUGGAUUUGAGAACAUUUGUGCAUGUCAAUUAUUUUGUACCAAGAUCCAUUAAAAUAAUCACUAUUUAAGGUGUUUGUCAAGCUUUGUGAGAGCUAUUUGCAUAUAAUAGUCUAAGUAAUUACAGCUUCCAUCUUGGUAGGCAGCAGUUUACAUUAUUAUUUGUUACUUUUAGUCCCAUUUUUAAUUUUGCUCCACUUGAUGCAGUGCAGAGUUCUGCAUUCUGCUUGUUGGUUCUAAACCUGGUGUUGUAUUGCACUCAAUUUGUGCAUCGUUCAUUUCAAAACUCUAAAGCCAAUCAAAAAAAAUAUCAUAUGUUAGCAGACACCUAUGUUGUCAAUGCAGAAAUCUUCCAAAAAUGACCUAUUGUCCAGUAAGGGAUUCGUGGCUAUUGAUUAUUCUGAAACCUGUAUCUCAAGUUGCAGUUUUAUUUAUUACUACAAAAUAAAAGCACAUUCUACAGUGCUUUACAGUAAGUAUGUGUUCACAUGUUUCUUCAACACAUUCAUACUUGGUUUCCUCUGAGUGUGCAAAAUAUAACUAUUGGCCAAUUCUAGAUUCUUUAGGCAUUCUUAAUUUUCAUUCAACAUUGAAUGUUUUCACAUCAUCAAUCUUGUGGCACUCAUUCAAUCUGUGCAGUAAAAUUGAGCACAAUGCUGCAAUAAUUGGUUGUGGCUUGUCCCUGUUAUAAUUUCCCUGAAGUAUGCUUUUUAUUCACAUUAAAUGUGUGUAGGUUUCAGGCUACGUAAUUUUUAGUUAUUUCCUGAGUAUGGAUCAUAAGUGUGUUGAAAUUAACUGCAAGGAAAACAUUGUUAUGGCUUCCUGCAUGAAAGAAUUAAACUUUAGUUUAAAAGAUGUGCAUUUAACAAGCCUGUUUUGUGUGCCACCUUUUUUACAUUACUUUUUAAUAACAAGUGGGAUAUCAUGCCCUUAAUUGGCAGAUUUAUUGUGAAUGUAAAACACAUGCCUUUUUUGAAAAGUGUCUCAAUUACCUUUUGCUUGCAUUAUGAUAUUUCACUGAUUACUUAGAUAUAAUGAACCUUAGUUUCUUUGACUGUUGUGUAUAUAUGUGCAUGUAUUUAAACUAAGACAUCAAAUGGUUGAAGUUAGUGCAAAAGUUCAUUUCCAGGUUAAUAUAACACCAAGGCCACUUGUAAACAUCUAUUUGUGCAAUCUUUUUGAUUCACGUUUCUUUAGGCUGGUUUUCUCAAGCUGACCUUAUUUCAACUGUAUUGAAAGGUUUCUAAUAGCUUUGUCUUGAGGUAGAUGAUUUUUCACUCCAUUAAACAAACUUUUUUUUUUGUACAAGCAGUUUUUUUUCCCCCAAGGUCUGGUAUUUCUGAGCCUGUAUAAUCUGUACCUUGAAGUCUUAAGGUUGGGAUUUUUCUCAGCCUUGUGAAUAAUGUCAAUGUUUGUUUUUGCACUUGUAUUUUUUUGGCUACUUAAUCUUUGGUGCUUCAAGCAAGAAUGUGUAGUCAAAUAAUUUUUGACCGAAGCUGGGAGAUUUACUAAGCAUUCCAUGUUACUUAUCCAAUCUUGCAUUUAGAUUUUAUGUACUACAAUUUUUUUACUUCCAUUUGCUCUUUGAUUUCAGCAGUAUCAUUCCUUGUAAAACAAAAACUGCCUAUUUUCAAUAUGAACUUUUAAUACUCUGAACCAUUCAAUGCUCUACCCACCUAAAUAAAAUGUAUUUAUAUUUCAGCUAAAUUGAUGUGGAAAUCUUGAUGGUCAAAGUAAAAGGAAAUUUUUGUUUAAAGACUUAAAGUUUGUGGUGACAAUCAAACUUUGAUUUAUGCUCAAAUGUAUAUUACACAUACAUAACUAGUUUUUAUUUAGCACCUUGUUUGUUAGCCUAAUCCCGAUAUAAAUCAGUAAAGUUGUAGAUGUCUUGGUGACCUCCAGUGUUUCCUUAUUUUAAUUAUCCAAUAUAGCCAAAUCAUUUUAAAGAAUUUUUAAAGCAUGUUUAUUUUCCCCAAGUGUCUUAUGGUUUAGCACAGUCGUUACCUGGUUAAAUAUUACUUUUGUCCUAAGUAGUUUGUGCUGAUAGAAGGAAUGCACAAGAAUUGUCAGACAUUUGAAAUUGGCCUUUGUGAUUGCAGUCCCCUAAUUAUGCAUUUCAGCUAUGCAAUCUUGCUACAGAGUAAAACUUCCACAAAUUGUCUAACAUUCCUCCAGUUCUGUGUUAGCUGUAUAGAUGAUUUCAUUAGAAAAUCUGGGGUAGGAGUAGAUAAUGCAGGUCAUCCCCAGGUAACAAGCAGGUUCCAUUUUACAGACAUCCAUAAGUUGAUAUUCUCCAUAAAGUCAGAAAAUACACAAAAAUCACUCAAUUAGGUAACCAUGCCUCUGCAGUUUUGUAAUGAAUGGCAUCAAAAGUGCACAAGGCUGAUAAGAAAGAACAAUUACUAAAAAUGAACAGAAAGGAAACUAGUUCUGCCAUUCAUAGGGAUAAAUGUAUGUACAUACAUUGGCAUUCCUAACACGAGGACUCUAUUCAAUUUUUUUUAUUAAACAAUGUUUGAUACAGAGGUCUAUUAUUUAAAACAAGCAUUUUGUACUUCCAUCAAAGCUGCUCUGCACCU